CUCGCGAGGCGUUGUAUUAUGUCCGCCAUUUUGGUGGAAUAUUGUAUGAAAUUUAGAGUUUGAGACUGAACUCCAGCUACUCUACCUCACUUUACCAACACUAUUUGAAACAUCGAAAUGUCCGUCAGACGCCAGUUAAAGAACGUGGUGAACAACUACUCGAACGCCGAAGUAAAAGUUCGCGAAGCUACUUCGAACGAUCCUUGGGGACCAUCAAGUUCUGUGAUGACUGAGAUUGCCGAUGCCACUUACAACGUGGUUGCCUUUUCAGAGAUAAUGGGGAUGAUUUGGAAAAGACUCAACGAUCAUGGAAAAAACUGGAGGCACGUGUACAAGUCAUUGGUUGUUUUGGAUUACAUUAUUAAGACUGGCACUGAAAGAGUAGCUCAGCAAUGCCGAGAGAACUUGUACGCAAUUCAAACUUUAAAAGAUUUUCAGUUCAUCGAUAAAGACGGUAAAGAUCAGGGAAUGAACGUACGUGAAAAGGCUAAACAGCUUGUUGCAUUAUUGAAAGACGAAGAUCGGCUGAAGAGUGAGAGGGCUCGAGCAUUGAAAGCAAAGGAGAGAUUCGCACAAGCCAGUUCUGGCAUCGGCAGCGAUUCGGUGAAAGCCGGCAACUUACGAGACUCGGGAAGCACAUCUGAUCUGCGUCUUGGUGCCCCAGCAGCACCAGCACCAGCAACUGGUGCACCAACUAGCCGCUCGUGGGAACCUGCCAGGAAAGUCCUAGGCAGCGAUAUGGAAACCUGCCGUCCGUCGAAUGCCAACGAGGAAGAAUUACAGUUGCAAUUAGCGUUGGCACUAAGCAAGCAAGAGGCAGAAGAGAAAGAAAAACUGAAUGAGAGGGAUGAUCAACGGCUACAGAUGGCCAUUAGCCAAAGUCAACAAAUUCCUUCACCUCAGGAACCAUUGCCACUGGAUGUUGGAAGCAAUGGUGUUCAAGUUUCCCAGGAUACGUUUGACCCUUGGGGUUCUACACCAUCAGGGGUUGCAAGUUCCCCCAUGUCACAACCGUCCAUAUCACAACCUUCCGUUCCACAACCUGAUCCCUGGCUAGGUGGCACCAAUUCAGUUGCCACUGCUCCUACCAAUCCUUGGGGAGACAACAGUGCAUCUUAUCACUUGCCAAUAAACUCAUCACAGAAUCUUUUUGGAGCUUCAAACAACACACCUGUUGUGGCAGCUAUGGCUGGAGGAACAGAUCCCUGGGGAGCAGCCCCUAUACAAAGUAAUUCAGCUACAGCACCUCCCCUGAGUGACCCAUGGAGUGGAAGAGACAUUUUUCCCGCAGAAGUGGCACCACAACCUCAAGGGCCAUGGGAAACUUUGCAGCCUGAGGGUUUCGAUGCUUUCAACCAGAGUGCUACUGGCAGUGGAAUUUCAAGUCAGCCACCUUUGGUUCCAUUUAACCUUGAAAAUAAAGAUGAAGUAUUAAUGAAGUCAACAGGUGGCCAGGAAUUCCUGGAUAACAGGGUUUCUAAUUUGGUGAACUUAGAUUUGCUAACGCAAAAACCUGACCCUGUUGCCAAUCCUUUCUUGUCCAGCAAACCAGCAUCAUCCAGAUCAACUAAUCCAUUUGUACAAGAUAAGCCUCAAGCACCAACACUGAAUCAGCUUCGUGAGCAGCCAGUUGUAGUACCAAACAGCAUGCAGAGUAUGAGUGGAGGAGUGUUACUACCCUCACCUCUAAUUCCAGAUUCUACCUCUAGACCCCAGCAAACAGUUCAAAGUAAUCCCUUCCUGUGAGGAAGCAAGUGAUCAACUUAGUCAAGAAGAAAGCCACUGCCUGAAGAUUCUUGGGAAAGAAUUCAGCUCAACUGGUCUUAGAACAAGUAAUUAUCAUCAGCUUUCUUGUUUAAAAAGAAAUAUUCUGAAAAACUGGAGACUAAGAAAAGUAAAAUAUGCCUUAUGGUGUUCUGUGGGUUUUUUUUUUUUUUUUUUUUUUUUUUAACAUUUUAAUUGUUAUAAGUACAUAUAGGUUAGAGAGUAACUACAGCAUCAAAUCAAAAAUAGAAAGUAAUACCUUUAUAAACUUCAAAUUGUAUCUAAAUUUUUUUGUUUAUGAUAUUUAGCUCUCUGUUACAUGGACAUUUAAACCAGAAAUAAUGAAAUUGACCUGAAUGGACGAUCAAUUUUUCAGUUGGCCAUUUUGGAUAUACUAAAAUUCAAACUUGACUCUGAAGCCUGGGGGAAUAAAACAAAGUAAAUGACAUGGAGGUUUAGCGAUGAAUAAUUUAUUUCUUUUGUUUUAUUCCCCCUAGCCUUAGAGUUUCAUUAUAUCAAAAAUGGCCUAUUAGCUAGUUGAUGGAAAGAACUUGCAUGUAACAAAGGAGAGUGUUAAUGGUCAAAUUACCAUUGAUCAGGUGAUAAAUUGUUGUCGUGGAGACUGAUUGAAUUUUCAUUACUCAUGUCAUCAGUUCCUUAGUAAUAAAACAUCAACAAAUUAAAGAGCCUUUUUCUCCAUUUUUCAACACAU